AUGGUUUCUCAAACUUCAGGGACCACCCAAGAGUGCAUCACAAAUACCACAGACUGUGAAAAAGAGCACGACACCCCCUCACCUGCUAACGAGGAGCUAUCCGUGACCACCCAAACGACGGCGAGACGCCUGAGAACCAAGGUUGACUUCGCCAUAUGUCCGAUAGUCUGUUCACUAUACCUGUUCUGUUAUAUCGAUCGUGCAAACAUAGGCAACGCGAGAAUUGCUGGGCUUGAGCGAGAGCUGGGUCUGCGUGGGUAUGAUUUCAACAUUGCUUUGACAUGCUACUCAGCCGCAUAUGCCUCCGUCCAGAUACCUGCCACCAUCUGCUGCAAAUGGAUUGGGCCAGGCUGGUUCCUGCCCGGCGUCACACUGGGCUUUGGCAUCGCGUCGAUCUGCACUGGGCUUGUGCGAACGUCCGGCCAGCUCUUCGCUGUCCGCUGUCUCGUCGGUGUGUUUGAGAGCGGCUUGAUGCCGGGGAUCGCUUAUUAUCUGUCCCGAUGGUAUCGCCGCGCAGAACUCGGAUUCCGGCUGUCGUUCUAUAUUGCCAUGGCCCCCAUGGCCGGAGCUUUCGGUGGUCUCCUGGCGUCGGGAAUCCUUUCCCUCCCGGGGAUCGGCGCGCUUCAUGGGUGGCGCAUGAUAUUCGUCGUCGAGGGGAUCAUCACGGUUGGGCUCUCCGUCGCGGCGUUCGCCCUCUUGACCGACCGCCCAGAAACUGCACGAUGGCUGACGCCCGAGGAGCGCCAGCUCGUGGCUCAUCGUGUCACCUCGGAAAGGCUCUCGGGCACGGUCUUGCUGGACGACAUGGACCGCAAGAAACUGUGGCGCGGGGUCGCGAACCCUGUCACGCUGGCCACCGGUAGCAUGUACCUCAUGAACGCGGUGACGGUCCAGGGGCUGGGCUUCUUCCUGCCAACCAUCAUAUCGACCAUCUACCCAGAUGCAUCAGUCACGAGGCAGCAGCUCUACACCGUGCCACCCUAUGUCAUCGGGGCCUUCUUCACGGUUGCCAUUUCCGGCCUCUCGUGGAUGCUCGACAGGCGGCAGAUUAUCAUGACAAUCAGUGCCCUGCCAAUCUUGACCGGCUAUGCAAUAUUCAUCGGAACGCUCGAUCCACACGCACGUUACGCGGCGACGUUCCUGGUUGCUAGCACCUGUACCACCAUGGGGAGCAUGACCAGCGCGCAAAUCAGCUGCAAUGUAGUGACUGACACAGCUCGAAGUGCGGCAAUGGCGACAAAUGUAAUGUUUGCUUCUCUAGGGGGACUCAUCUCAACGUGGUCUUUUCUGCCCUUUGAUGGGCCUCGCUUCCCAAUCGGUAACGGCCUAAACUUGGCGACUUCUAGCACUUGGUGCCUGAUUGGAAUUGGAAUAUCUGCUUGGAUGCGUUUUGAUAAUAGACGAAGGGACUCAAAAGACUCCGUGGCUGAGUUGUCCGGUCUGGACAAGAAGGAAAUCGGCGACCUUGACUGGAAGCACCCAGACUUCAGAUGGCGGCCGUGA